CUGCUAUCACAACAGGAAGAAGAGCCAGAGAGCAAGAAGCAAUAACAAACAAACGUAGCAGCAAGCUAACGUAACUUUAGGAAACCGAACACAUACAGGCGAAGUGUCUGCUCCUGUGCGCAGAGACAUACUUGUUUUAUAUACUAAUAGCAGUGUGUGAUACGAUGUGCACGGACUACAAAGAAGACAUAUAACAAUCUGUCACGGAGACGAUUUAACGUUAACUGUUAAGUGCAACUGUAUGCGACCAAGGAUGGUUCACCUUGGUGUGUGGAGGGUGGGAGCUCGAUGGAGUGUCCUCAUAGUGUUUUUUUCCAGCGUGCUGGUUCCCUCACCUACACAUGCCUAUAUUUAUGCUCAUUAUAGCAAUAUGACCUCCAUGUUGUUUGAGGACCUUCCCGCCUUGUUUGGCGACCCACUUCCGAAGGAUGGACUGACGGGAGUUUUGGUGGUGUCCCGUCCACUUAAUGGCUGUACAGCAAUAGACCAUCCUCCUCCAUUGCCACCAUCUUAUGAUGCCAACACCACCAAAUUCAUCGCUCUCAUCAGACGCUAUGAUUGCAAUUUUGACAUAAAGGUAUUGCACGCACAGCAGGCUGGAUACAGUGCUGCUAUCGUUCACAACAUGUAUUCAGACACUCUACUCAACAUGAACUACAGCAACGACACGAUUGCAGAGGAGAUUGAGAUCCCCUCUGUAUUCACCAGCUACUACGCCUCCCAAAUUCUCAGGCAGUUCAUCAUUCCAGAACAAGGGGCCUACGUGAUCCUCAAGCCGGAGUUUUCUUUCCCACUCUCGUACUACCUUAUUCCCUUCACUGGAGUAGUUGGCAUGAUCAUUCUUGUCAUGUGUGUCGUCUUGAUUAUACGGUGUGUACAGUACAGAAAGAGGCUGAGGAAAAAUCGUUUGUCUAAAGACCAACUGAAGCGGAUUCCAACCCACCGGUUCCGUAAAGGGGAUGACUAUGAUGUGUGUGCCAUCUGUCUGGAUGAGUAUGAAGAGGGAGACAAGCUGCGUGUUUUACCUUGUUCCCAUGCCUACCACUGCAAGUGCGUAGACCCGUGGCUCACACAGACCAAGAAGACGUGUCCUGUGUGCAAACAGCGCGUCACUCGGAACAACCAAGAGCACUCCGAGUCCGAGUCUGAGGAGGAAACCGGAAGACGUGGGGAGGAAGAAGGGACAGAGGGUGAAGCAGACUCGGAGCGCACCCCUCUGCUUCGGCCCUCCCCCUCAGGGAGCCCAGUGGCCUACUCAGCCACCACCACCACUACUGCCCAGUGCCUCACCUCGCCCGCUCACUGCGAUUCACCCAUCCUGGGCUAUGAAGGCUACCACUCCCCCCUGGAGGAAACAGACUCAGAAAGUGACGACGCGGGAGAGGACGGGCAGCACACAGAUGACGACACCGCUCAGCUCAUUGGUAGGGAUAGAGUGGAGGUCUGAUGGCUGCAACGAGAUUACUUAGUUUUACCUAAAAAGGGUCUUUGUGUCAUCAGGCAACUAUUAUCACACUGUACUUUAAAAUAGUUGCACAUUUGUGGUUAGCUAGACUUGUAACAGAAUCUUUUACCCAGUAACCAGAGGAGGUCUACUUGUUGGUGUCAAAGCACAUGCAGAACAUCAAUCAGUUUGUACCAAAAUUCAGCAUCAGAGCAUCAGCCCACUUUUAUACACACAUUCACUUUAGUAUGCCUAUAUUUGUCCUUUAGACCUCCUUUUUAAUGCAUGUUGUAAUUCAUAACUUGACCUAACCACUAGUGUUGCACAAUAUGAAUAUGAAUGAAUGGGCCACUUAAAUGUCUCAGUAAUCUAUAAGCUGUAAAAGCAAGAGUGUGACUCGAUUAGAUGAAGCCUGUGUUGCUAAACAGAAAGAAUUGUGUGCUCACACUUAAAGUGGAUCUUCUGGGUUCUCUAUGUAAGGUUUUAAGUAAGGUUAGUGCAGUUUGAAGACUCUCUGUUGUCCUUUCCCCCAGCUUUGAAUCAUUUCCUAACCAGGAUGUGCAAGUAGAGAGAAAUGUUUGUCUUCAUUUUAUUUUUUUUAUCCCCUUAGCUCUCUUUUAAAUUUUUUUUUAAAUCUAUAUUUCAGUUCUUUGAAAUGUCCAAUUUUUCUCAAAUUCCACAGAAAAAAUUAUACUAUAAUAGAAUAUUGCAAAGAUGUUAUACAUUUCUGCUGCUUUUACAUUGUUACCAAUAAUACUGUGUGGUCAGUUUAAGAAAAAACAUUUUUAGCUUUAUCCAGUUUGUCAAGUUGAACAAACUUUAAGCAACAAAGUAAAGGUCAGUUGGUAUUGUAAAUCCAUAACAUAGUGAAUAUUGAUGGGUUUUGGUCUGCUAAAUCAUUUUAGCUUUUAUUCUUUAAAUCAGUAAAAUAUAGAUUCAUGAAUAUUUAAUGGAUGUUUUUCCAUUUUUAUACACAGCAGAAUGAUUGCAGAAUUGUGGGACCCUGAAGGUGUUUUUAGGAAAAAAGAGCAUUGCCUUACAUUGGCCUUGAUGUACAUAACAUGUGUAUGUUAAAUUAAAUGUUUGGAAAUUGAAGGGAUGGGAUUCACACUCCUCUUUGUUUUACUCUUUCUCUAGCUGUAUUUACCUAGUUCUUGUUCCCUGGUCUGAAAAUACGCUCCACAUUUGUUUUUAUAGUGACGAACAAGAAAGAGAAAACCUGUGUUUUACGUGUUGCUAGUGAUGACACAGAUAGCCAGCUUACACAUGCUUGAUUUGCACCUUUUUUGCUACUUUAUAAAAUGAGCUGGGCGGGUCUACGCUGUUGAUUUAUAUAAAGAGCAGCACAAAUAGAAACCUUAAAAAGUUGUUUCAGCCAAACUGUUUCACUGCUCCUAAUAAAUGCACAGUGUUUACCUUGAUCUAAUAAAUCAUAAAUUCAUAACUGGAAUUCUUGUAUGUAUGUAUAAUAGUCUUACAGGGUGUAGGUCUUUACUGUCCUCUAUACUAAAAUGGAGUGCCCCAUGUGUUUUAAAAAAUGGUUUUAUCAAUUAAAACAAUAUGUCCUUCUGUAUAACCUCAAUUUGAAACCUAACUUGUAUCUAUCAAAUAGGGGACCAAACGUAUAUCCCCAUACUCCACAACUGCAUAUGAUGACAUCAGUGGAGACACUACACAUACACAUGCUUUGACUAAGGAUUUGUUUUGAUUAAGUUGAGUGCUGAAGAGGGGAGUCAGUAGGACUGAAAUCAAUACAUUCCAUCUUUAUAUAUGACUGAUGUUUGACUAAAAGACUCCACACUAUCAAAGUUUGAUUGGGGCUUGUUGGCAAUAGUCUGUAUUGUAAAAUAGAACAGCUGUUUUCCUAUUUACAGUAUGCUCAAAUGUUUUUUUUUGUACUGUACUUUUUUUUUUCUUUAUGUCUCAAUUUUAGAGACUGUGAACUGAAACAAAUGGAAACAUAUAAUCCCCAAAUUCAUUUUUCCCUCUUCUUUUAGAAUGUGCCUAGUUUAUCACAUUUAAAUAAUAAAUGUACAGUGUCAAGUAUAAUUUCUAUGUAUAAAGCAGAUUUGAGAAUCCUUAAGAUGUCUAAACACAGUCUGUGGAAUGCUACAUUUAAUGUGUGAUUUGUGGAAGAUUAAAUGAUACUGAAAUGGGA